CGCUACUGUCACUGCUGUCAAAUUUCUACAACCUUAGGAAAUGUCGCACCGAAUUACAAUAAUGUGAAAUUAAAGUAAUUUUAUAGAUAAUGGCAACACAAAAACCUGGAGAAUGGGCUAAUACUUUAAUCGUUAGGUUUGAGGAACAGCUACCUUGUCGCAUUGGUCCCCAAACAACUCAUUCAAGUAUCAAUGAAGAACAAAACAAAAACUGUAUCAUUCAAAUAUCCAGGUAUCGUUUUGCACUUGUUCUGGAUGGAUUUGUUAAAGUUCUCAAAAGAAUACAUGAACUGUAUCAAUCAGGUGCAUGUAGUACUUCCCGUCAUGGACCAGAAGCUGAAAAAAAUUAUUAUGACAGCAUAAUCAUAGUACUGGAAACACUGGAAAAGUGUUUCAGCAUACAACCCAAAGACUCAAUACAAUUAACUAUGGAAGAAAACCAAAAUUUAAAAUGUUUACUCAAAGAAAUUUGCACUUUUUUAUGUACGAAAGACAUGCCUCCUGAUAACCCCAAUCUCCUUUCUAUAAGAUUACUAGCCAGUAAAGUACUGUUUGCUUUAAGUGUAAAUUUUUUUAAUGCAGUUUUCAAUCGAAUCUCCUCAAAAUUACAAGAAUUGGCCUCAUGUCCAGAUGAAAAUCCAGACUCUAGUGAUAUAGAAUUGAUACAACACAUAAAUGUUGAUGUGUCAAGACUGAUUCGAUUGUUUUUGGAAGCUAUAUCAAAGUUUAGGUUAUUAAAAAAAUCAGCGCAUCUAGUGUUGGUUAAUUCUCUGGAGAAGGCUGUGUGGAAUUGGAUGGAAACAUAUCCAUAUGAAUUUGCGGAGUUGCAGAAGAACCCGAAUGAGGAGAUGUCAAAAUGUGCCGAGCAACUUUUUGAUAUUUUGGAUGCAUUCGGUGACAAUAAGAAAGGCAGGUCUUCUGUUUGGUCUUUGCAGAUGAUGCUACUAGUACUGGCCCCUACUGUUCUUGAAGAAAUCGUGAAUGCAGAUACUGGAGCCCCUUGCUCACCAAGGCACAUCAAAAAAAAGUUGUUCAUAGAUAACAUAAAGAGGUGUAUCGGACCACACAGUAACAACAAGCAGCUAACAGAGGCAGCUGCUAUAACUUGCGUCAAAUUGUGCAAAGCAUCCACGUAUAUCAAUAUUCUUGAUUCUAAUAAUGUAGCUUUCAUACUAGUCCAAAGUAUAAUCAACGAUCUGAAGGCUCUCUUGUUCAAUCCAACAAAACCGUUCUCUCGAGGUCAGAACUCCCCGUACCAUGACAUGGACCAGAUGAUCGACUGUUUCGUCUCUGUUUUCCGAAUAAAACCACACAACAAUGAGGCCCUCAAAGUUUGCCUCAACCUCAAUUCUUCCAUCACUUAUCACUACGUCUUAGUCAAAUCACUGUACCAAAUCGUCACACAACCUAGGCUGCAUUGGUGGCCGCAGAUCGAUCUGGUUUACAGCAAAUCAUCGGAAUUGAGAGCUAUGUUCACUGAUACUUUGAACAAAGUAUUCCAGGGUUGUAGCGCACAUACACCCCUGAGAAUGAUCCAGAUGACUCUCAAAGGAAAGGACUGUCCAGGGAAAUCCAAAGAGCGCGCAGAAGAGGUACCUGCGUCGCGAAAUUUAUUGUUAUAUAUGGUUAGGUUGGUUCAUGCCGAUCCUAUGUUGAUGCUGAACAACCAAGGCAAAGCGGGACAUGAGAUACAGAGCUCAACGUUAGAACUCAUCAAUGGCUUGGUCUCACUAGUACAUCAGUCGACGGUCCCAGAAGUUGCACAAGAGGCCAUGGAGGCUCUUUUGGUUCUCCACCAUCCUGAGAAGAUUGAAAUGUGGAACCCAGAAGCUCCAAUAAACACGUUCUGGGAUGUCAGCUCUCAAGUUCUUUUUUCUAUCUCGCAAAAACUUAUUCAACAUCAGAUCUUGAAUUAUACAGAUAUAUUGAGGUGGCUCAAAGAAAUUUUGAUCUGCAGAAAUGCGUUUUUGUCGAAGCAUAAGGAGUAUGCGAAUUUGGGAAGUUCAAUAGCAAUUUGUAAGCAGGCUCAUAUAAAAUUGGAGGUGGUGUUUUAUAUGUAUCUAUGGAGUAUAGAUAUGGACGCGGUUUUAAUAGCAAUGAGCUGCUUUUCCCUACUAUGUCAAGAAGCUGAAAUACGAUGUGGUUCAGAUGAAGUUACCGUAACAUAUUUGGUUCCAAACUAUCAUGUCUUUCAAGAACUAGCUCAGGCAUCGACAGUUCUCACGACAGGUCGAGCAGCUUUACAAAAAAGGAUCAUGGCUCUUUUGAGAAAAAUAGAGCAUUGUGUCAAUGGGGUACAGCCUGCUUGGGAGGAAACGCAUAUGAAUUGGAAUGGCUUGUGUAAAAACUUCAACACAUAUCCUAAAGUGAGAGCCGAAGACGGACAAAUGGAGUCAUUUCAUAGGUCGGCUGGAAAAAGAAGAGCAUCGCAUCAAAAUUCAGAACAUGAGUUAGAGGAGCAAAUAACGGAAUGGGCGAACAUGACUGGUUUCCUAUGUGCUCUCGGUGGGGUAUGCCUGCAAAGAAAUUCCCCAUCUAAACCUACGUUAUCAGCAAGCUCGCAUUCCAGCUUGUCGACAAUGACAAUAAACUCGAUAGGAAGUAGUAGCUUGUCAAACGAUCAAAGUAGUACUAGUUGUAGCAGGAAGUCGAAUACUCUCCAGAGUCAGCAUAACCCACAGGAUCAAAGGCAGUACUGCCCUGUGACAGCGUUUGUGGAAGGGCUGUUGCAUUUACUUGUAUGCAACAAUGAAAAAUUCGGUGCACAAAUCCAAAAACACGUUAAAGAACUCAUAGGCCACGAAAUGUCUUCAGCACUGUACCCCAUAUUAUUCGAACAAAUCAAAUCCAUAGUGGACAAGUUCUUCGAUCAACAAGGCCAAGUCGUAGUGAACGACUUGAACACUCAAUUCAUCGAACACAUUAUUUUCAUUAUGAAAAAUAUCUUAGACUGUACCAAAAAUGACCAGCCUUCAGAACACUUGGGGGUGACCAGUAUCGAAGGAAUGAUGUUAGCUAUAGUUAGAUACGUGAGACAUCUGGAUAUGACAGUUCACGCCAUUCACAUCAAGACAAAGUUGUGUCAGCUAGUGGAAUCCAUGAUGAAUAGAAGAGACGACCUGGCGUUUAGGCAAGAAAUGAAGUUCAGAAAUAAACUCGUCGAAUAUCUUUCAGACUGGGUUAUGGGCACCUCCCAUCAAAUCGCCCCUCCUAGUUCAGGUGACGUCACAAUGAUCACCAGAGAUUUAGAUCAGGCUUGUAUGGAGGCCGUGGCAGCUCUUCUAAGAGGUUUGCCUUUGCAACCUGAGGAAUCCGAUAGAGGAGAUCUCAUGGAAGCCAAGAGUCAGCUUUUCCUCAAGUAUUUCACUCUGUUUAUCAACUUGUUGGGCGAUUGCUCGGAAGCUGCUGAAGUGGAAAAAGAUUUGGGUAAACAGAAGGUUUACGCUGGGAAAUUGAAUACUUUGAGGAAUGCCACUAUUCAAGCUAUGAGUAAUUUGCUGUCUGCUAAUAUUGAUAGUGGACUGAUGCACUCUAUAUGCUUAGGUUAUAAUAAAGAUCUACAAACGAGGGCUGCUUUUAUGGAAGUACUGACGAAGAUAUUACAGCAAGGCACAGAAUUCGACACGUUAGCCGAAACUGUCCUUGCCGAUCGUUUCGAGCAACUAGUACAACUGGUCACUAUGAUCAGCGACAAAGGAGAGUUACCAAUAGCUGUAGCACUCGCAAACGUUGUAACGACAUCACAAAUGGACGAGUUGGCUAGAGUGUUUGUGACCUUAUUCGACGCCAAACACUUGCUGUCCCCUCUACUCUGGAACAUGUUUUAUCGCGAAGUAGAAGUUUCAGAUUGCAUGCAGACACUUUUUCGCGGCAACUCCCUCGGAAGCAAGAUAAUGGCUUUCUGCUUCAAAAUAUACGGUGCCAGUUAUUUACAAACACUUCUAGAACCAUUGAUAAGUCCUCUGUUAGACGACCCGUCUCACAGCUUUGAAGUGGACCCUGCGAGGCUAGAACCAAAUGAGGACAUCGAGGAAAACAGACAGAAUUUAAUCGCUUUGACUCAGAAGGUGUUUGAUGCUAUUGUUAAUUCAGCAGACAAGUUUCCUCCUCAGCUUAGAUCUAUGUGUCAUUGUCUCUAUCAAGUUCUGAGCAAGAGAUUCCCGCAGUUUCCUCAGAAUAAUAUCGGAGCUGUCGGAACUGUGAUAUUUUUACGCUUUAUUAAUCCUGCCAUCGUUUCACCCCAAGAGAUGGGUAUCGUAUCUAAGCCUGUGCCGAAUUCUGUCAAACGAGGACUCAUGCUGAUGUCAAAGAUAUUACAGAACAUCGCCAAUCAUGUGGAGUUCAGUAAGGAACAGCAUAUGUUACCGUUCAAUGAUUUUCUGAGAGCGCAUUUCGAAAUUGGUAGAAGAUUUUUCAUUCAGAUUGCUUCCGAUUGUGAAACUGUCGAUCAGACUGCUCAUUCCAUGUCAUUUAUAUCAGAUGCGAAUGUUUUGGCGCUCCACCGUUUAUUGUGGAAUCAUCAAGAGAAAAUUGGAGAUUACCUUUCGAGCAGUAGAGACCAUAAAGCAGUUGGUCGGAGACCAUUCGAUAAAAUGGCCACUUUGUUAGCUUAUUUGGGGCCUCCAGAACACAAACCAGUUGAUUCUCAUAUGUUGUUCUCGUCUUAUGCAAGAUGGAGUUCCAUAGAUAUGUCAUCAACUAAUUUUGAAGAAAUCAUGGUGAAACACAAUAUGCACGAGAAAGAAGAAUUCAAAUCCAUAAAAUCACUGAACAUAUUCUACCAGGCAGGUACAAGCAAAUCUGGGUAUCCUGUAUUCUACUAUAUUGCAAGGAGAUACAAAAUUGGUGAAACGAAUGGCGAUCUCCUCAUCUACCAUGUUAUUCUAACCCUAAAACCGUUCUGCCAUUCUCCUUUUGAACUAGUCAUCGAUUUCACCCACACCUGCUCUGAUAACAGGUUCCGAACAGAGUUCCUUCAGAAAUGGUUUUAUGUCCUACCCGAAGUAGCUUAUGUCAACAUACACGCUGCUUAUGUUUAUAAUUGCAAUAGUUGGGUGAGAGAGUACACAAAAUUCCAUGACCGAAUUUUAGCUCCUCUGAAGGGAAACCGUAAGAUUAUAUUCAUCGAUAUGCCCAACAAACUCAAUGAAUUUAUUGAACCAGAGCAACAGAAACUACCAGGAGCUACUCUCAGUCUCGACGAAGACUUGAAAGUAUUCGGAAACGCUCUAAAAUUAUCGCACAAAGAUACCAAAGUGGCAAUAAAAGUCGGCCCAACUGCCAUUCAGAUAACCUCAUCCGAGAAAACCAAAGUCCUUUCUCAUUCCGUACUGCUUAAUGAUGUAUAUUAUGCUUCAGAAAUUGAAGAAGUAUGUUUAGUUGAUGAUAACCAAUUUACCUUAACCAUAGCAAACGAAAGUGGUCCCCUUAGCUUUAUUCAUAAUGACUGUGAUAGUAUCGUACAAGCUAUUGUUCAUAUAAGGAACCGAUGGGAGCUCAGUCAACCUGAUUCCGUAACGGUUCACCAAAAAAUUAGACCAAAGGAUGUCCCUGGCACUCUUCUAAAUAUGGCUCUACUAAAUUUAGGCUCUUCGGAUCCUAAUUUGAGGACAGCAGCUUAUAAUCAACUCUGUGCCCUAACUGCAACUUUCGAUUUGAAAAUCGAGGGACAAUUAUUGGAAACUCAGGGACUGUGCAUUCCUUCUAAUAACACCAUAUUCAUAAAAUCUGUAUCAGAAAAACUAGCAACGAACGAACCACACCUAACUCUGGAGUUUCUCGAAGAAUGCAUACAAGGAUUCAGGGAUUCUAGUAUAGAACUGAAACAUUUAUGUUUAGAAUAUAUGACGCCAUGGUUGCCUAAUCUUGUUAGAUUUUGUAAAGCACCUGAAGAGAACAAAAGACAGAAACAGGUUGCAGGGAUUAUAGAAAAAUUGAUAUUGCUAACAAUAGAAGAAGUCCAGAUGUACCCCUCUAUCCAAGCUAAAAUUUGGGGUUCUAUCGGGCAGGUUCCCGAACUGAUCGACAUGGUGCUAGAUAACUUCAUUCAUAGAUCCGUUAACUCGGGCCUAGGCUCGCCGAUGGUGGAAAUAAUGGCUGACACAGCUGUAGCUCUAGCAUCUGCCAAUGUUCCUUUGGUGGCCAAGAAGAUAAUUGGCCGGUUAUGCAGGGUAAUUAAAAAAGUUGUUGAUAAAACUUGUCAAUCCCCAACACCACUUCUGGAACAACAUAUGAUGUGGGAUGACAUCGCAAUACUAGCAAGAUAUCUUCUCAUGUUGUCAUUCAACAACAGUUUAGACGUAGUACGCCACUUACCUUACUUAUUUCAUACUGUUACAUUCCUAGUAUGCUCCGGUUCGUUGAGUAUGAGAGCAUCUACACAUGGUUUAGUCAUCAACAUCAUCCAUUCUCUAUGUACAUGUACAAGUCCCUCAUUCUCAGAAGAAACACAACGCUUACUCAGAUUAUCGCUUGACGAGUUCUCGCUGCCAAAGUUUUACUUACUUUUUGGUAUAAGUAAAGUGAAAUCGGCAGCUGUGACAGCUUUUCGAUCGAGCUACAGGCAUCCGAAUGAAAAAUGGUUCGGCAGUGAAAGGAGUUUUUCAGGUGUGUCUAGCCAAGACAGAGAACGUUUGUCUUUGACCUCCCUAGAAGUUAUAACGGACGCGUUACUCGAAAUCAUGGAAGCUUGCAUGAGAGACAUCCCUGAUUGUGACUGGCUCACCAGUUGGACGUCUUUAGCGAAAAGUUUCGCUUUUUGUUUCAAUCCGGCUCUACAACCAAGAGCUCUGAUUGCUUUUGGGUGUAUAAGCAAAAGUAUAACUGAUCGCGAUAUGACUCAACUGCUGAAAAUCUUGGUGAAAGCUCUGGAGAGUUUCACAGAUAUCAUGUUGAUUGAGGCUCUAGUUAUGUGUUUGACCAGACUGCAGCCACUGUUGAGGCCUGAAUCUCCUAUCCAUAAGGCACUGUUUUGGGUGGCUACCUCUGUUUUGCAGUUGGAUGAGGCAUCAUUGUAUGCCUCGGGCUUGGCCUUGCUGGAACAGAAUUUACAUACUUUGGAUUCACAAGGAAUCUUUGAGGACAAGUCUUUGGAAUCCGUGAUGAUGCAAACUAGAGAACCACUAGAGUGGCAUUUCAAGCAGUUAGAUCAUGCUGUCGGUCUUAGUUUCAAGGCUAAUUUUCAUUUCGCCACAGUCGGUCAUUUGCUCAAGGGGUACCGUCAUCCCACACCUACAACAGUUUCUAGAACUGUAAGGAUUUUGACUAUGCUGUUGACUAUCGUUGCUAAACCUCAUAAGAGAGACAAGUUUGAAGUUACACCAGAUAGUGUUGCAUAUCUUACAGCAUUGGUCGGAUUCUCGGAAGAGGUCAAAAGCAGAUGCCACAUCAAACACUCCCUACCUCGAUACUUGCCUGACUCGAUAUCGCAGGAAUUCGUUAUGGAUAAUGUAAUAAGUAAUGCUUCCUCACAUCACGGAACUAUCUCAGGAACCAGUACGUCCAGUAACGUAAACCGUAGACAGAAAUCAUGGGACUUACUAGAUCAAUCAGCCCUAACGCAAGCCAGAUAUAAGCAAGCGCCGCAAGCACAUCAGACUGCACGAGCCCUCUUCAAAAUGCAACGUUCAUUUUCCAUGCCAGCUUCAAAAGACCAAAAACCUCUCAGUGACGAAGAUGAAGCAAAGAACCGGAGUACUAGAGUAUCGGUUAGCAACGAAAAUAAUGUUCUACUCGAUCCUGAAGUACUGACCGACUUCUCGACGCAGGCUCUUGUUUUGACCACUUUGGCCACCUUAGUCAAAUACAGUACUGACGAAGCCGAAACUAGAACUUUAUAUCAGUAUUUGGCGGAAGGGGCUGUAGUGUUUCCCAAAGUGUUUCCAGUUAUUUAUAACCUACUUGACAUGAAGAUCAACAAUGUUUUGACUUCUUGCCAUGAUCAAGAUAUUCUAAGUGCUGUUAGGAGUAUUAUACAAAACAUGAUAGCCUGUGAAGAUACAGGGCAACAACAACUGCAUUAUUUGCAGAGCUGUGGCUUCGGAGGGCUGUGGAGAUUUGCAGGACCAUUCAAUAAGUACAACAAUAUGGCAGAAAGUAGUGAGCUGUUUGUAAAUUGUCUAGAAGCAAUGGUAGUAACAUGUCUUCCAACCGAAGAACCUGAGAUCGAAAACGGGGAGCUGACUACUUAUCCGUCGAUGCUCAGUGUGAGUUCGAAUAUGAACCUUUCGGCCAGCCUGUCCAGUCUGACGUCACCAACGGAAAAGGAGAUGACCAGAGACGCCGAGGGGGGCAGCACUACCUCACUCGGUCGAUCGUCCAUCUCUAAACAGCGUAGCAUCAAAAGCAAGACCCACAUACAUUCGGCAAACAGUUCGAUUCAUGAGUAAGGACAUUGGGUCAGAUGGGUUUUUGUCAUUUUUAUUUGUAGUACAUGCGGCUGGGCAGUACCUCAGAACGAUAAAAGACAUAGAGAUGCCAAUGUCCGAAUACUGAACAAUGCAUUAUACUUAUAACUGGUUUCUAUGCAAAAGUGGGGAAGCCACGGUCGGGGAAGAUCAGGCGCGGAUCCAGUAUUUUGCUCGGAGACACGAAUUCGUUUUGCCCAAACAUCCGUGAAGACGAUCCUUUAGAGUUUAGAGCAAUCAUAAUGCAAUAAACCUAACUUUCGAUUUAAAGGCAUUUUACAAGGCCCGUAUUUAUAGUCGCUCCUUAAUGUGACCUCGUCCCUUAAAACAGCCUUGAGGACCAGUUUCCAAUUUAAAGUAGUAAUAUGAGCUCGGAGGAAGCCUCAAGGAAAUAUCAAUUCCAAGGAAGGUAGAAAGGUACCUUGAGCAUUCCUUGAUCCAAUUUCUAGUAUCAUUUCAGGUUAAGUUAUGAAUUCCAUGAAUGGAAUGAUGAAAUUGAAUGUAGUAAUCAAAUGAAUAAGUCUUGAAAUUUGUACAGAGAAUAUGAUUCAAGUAUAUCGAUUUCCAGUAGAAGCUAAUUCAAGUAUAGAUCAUAGAUGAAAAGUAAAUCUUUUUUAUUUCAAAUAAUAGGUAUAUAUUACAAAUAAUGCAAACUCAUCAUAUUUACAAUUAUAUAUAAUGUAUCAUCUUGAUGAUUUGUUCAUGAGAUUGAAAUACAUACUUUUUAAUGAACAACCCCACAAAAUCACUGAUUCAUUCGAAGUAUUCAAUCAAAUGGAUAUUUUUCCUCUCCCUGGCAUAUUAUUCCAUUGCAGCUUGAAAGAAUCCGAUUUCAAUAGAGUAAUUUUUGUAUUGUAAUUUUUCAACAUCGUCAUCGAUAAACUCUUCGACCCUUUCUUCAUUUUGCGAAACCUUGGAUAUAUUUUAUCUGUGAUCGAAGUAAUAUAUUGUUAGAGUUAGGGUUGCUGGACUGUGUGCACGUGAAUAUAUACCAAAUAAGGGAAGAUAUUGAAUAAAUUAUUUUACACGAAAUACAAAUCUUUGAACAAAUUUGAACCAACCUUUGAAGAUUAUUACUGGAUAAUUAGAAUCUUUCGACACAGUAUAUUUUCCUUUCUCGACACUCAUUGUCAAAUUCGACAUUUUAUAUUUUGUGACAAACACGUGACAUGAAACAACAAAUUAGGUCAUAGAACACUAAAAUUAUACACUGUUGUCAAGUGUAAGGGCUCCUUUUAGAAGGAAUACUCAAGGGAGGUCUAUAAAACAAGUUUAACGUCAAGUACUGUGGAGUCCUCAAGGAAUCCUUAGAUGAGGAGGACUUGAGGAGUUCUUGAGGAAACGACUAAAUACGGGCCUAAGGAAUGCGAAUAAAUGGUUAUGAAUUACAAUACACAAGACCCCAUUACUUCGUAUCACAGGCAACCACUCGGACGUGAUAAUCACGACAUAAACAUGACUCCCAUUAUAGGCCUGUUCGUUUGUGCUUGCUCUACCUGCUGAACUUGAUUUUUUUCUAUUACUCUCUCUGUUUACAUCAUGCCAUGAACAAGGACAACUAUGGGAAUAAACUACUUUAGCAAGUUCAGCAAUACAAACGAACAGGCCUUAUAUGUCAUUUAUAUCCUUUCAUGACAUUGCAGUGACGUAUAAUAUCACAUCGCUGUGGCUUACCAAUUAGAUUGAGUUCGUUGUUGCGCUUUGAUUUCCUGUUGGGUGGCAAGGAAAACAUGAAUAUACGUUUCUCAACACGGUAAAGCUGAAUUCGCCAACAUUCGAUGUAUUGCUAUCAAACUAUUUUUGGUAUGCUUACAUCUCGGCGACACGCACUUAAUAAUUUUUUAUAUUUUGAUGAAAUACAACUGACAGAUAGCGCAGAUGAAAAGGCUAUAUAUAAUGGAAAUAACACCCGAGAGACCACCAACAAAGUCAUUCUAGUGCAUAUAGUCAAUAUCAGAUGUCCUCAGUCAUAUCAUGUCUGAGGAAAGUUUUUUACGUGUUAUGAGCAAAUUUAUACGUCAUUCGGACAGUGCGACCUAGAUCGUGAGUGACUAACGUAAACAGAGGUGAAUUAUUUGACGUUACAAGAAAAUUUCUUUACUGAAGAACAAGUGCCGCCCAGAUGGCAAUCGAUAGCGGCUAAUUUGCCAAGGUCCAAGGAACCAGGAUAACAACAAAUUGUUAAUCUCAGAAUAAACAAGCCCGUCAUGUAAGAUGAGGAAGAAAAGAUAUCUCUAUAUAUUUUAUUGCUCUGUGAUGUACCUUGUGAUGAUGAAAGAGUCGAAUGUGCUGAGGCAUUUGAACCCGACAAUCCCGAAAAUGCCGGGAAGGGUGUUUGUUCCCUGGAGUUAUGUGUUCGAUUUUCAUUUCGUUUCUAGAUGAAUGAUUCUGUGCUGAGUUUUUGGCUGAAAUUCAUGUAGAGUUACUGGCCUACAAGAUGCUUCAUAUGAAAAACUUGCUUAUUGUUGGUUUGCUCAGGAAAUGCUGUUCCUAUUGAAAUUUAGACAUUUCUCUGAACAUUCGAAAGUGACAAUGAAAGGCGCACUAAGUACCCUCAAUGAUUAACUGUAGUUUUAACCUCAUUUCCACUAUUUUGCUAAUUAUUCCAAAGAAACAUUUAUUUUCACCACAUUUCCUUCCAGGCCAUUUUUCUACUGGAUCUACCCUCAAUAGUUUUCGAACCUCGAAAAUGCUAUACCUACUGAAAUGUUUUCAUCAUUCACGUAACAUGUUAAAAAAAUGUCCAUUGUCUCCCUGUGAGUUCUAGGGUCUAUUUGCCAUAAUAUUUCUCCAAUUUUUCCAAAUAAUUCUACUGGUAAUUGCCUGGGCUACCUUGAUUCUUUUCAAUCAUUCGGCAUCAGUAGGAUCAGUCAUAUAAAUCAAAUAUGUCAAUGUCUCCAACGAAAAAAGCGAUUGGGUGCCGAUGAGUCCGAUGAGUGAGCUGGCUUUGUUAUUAUCAAUUUCUAUGCAAAAUGUUGAUAGUCUAAUGGGAUUGAGUUCACAUCAUCAUUGAGAUGUGCUUUAUUGCCAUUAUUAUCAAAAGUUUCAUGUUGCAUAUGAGAGAAUGACUAUACCAAAAUUUCCCGAACAAAUGGAUAGGUCGUAUAGCAUCAGCUCGCCCGCCGGACUUGGCAUCCAGUGAUCUCUCUUUGCAAUCAUUUGAAAUUCGUUAUUUGAAAAACUUCUCCUAAGAAUUGUGAUCGAAUGCCAGGCUAUCAUCAAAGAAACUACUUCAAAGGUACACUGUAGAGAGUCAAUGAAGGUAAUUUUCAGUAGGUUUGUGCAUGCCUUUUGAUAAUACUUCUGGAAAUUAACUUAUUCACAAGUCGCAAAUUACCUCAAACCACUUUGAAUACGAUCACGACACGAAGUUGAUGUUUGUGGUUGCGUUCAAAAAAAGUGCUGGAUACUAUUUACAUAAUAUUUUAAGUGAAAAUUCGACUUUGGAACUACCCCAUUUCACUGAGUUUCUUAAUGAUAUAUGAUUUAUUUCUCAACAUAUGUUCUCUACAGGGUAACGCAAAAAUUAUCUAUACAUAAUUUCCUAUAAAAUUAUUGUUUCAUAGCUAUAAUGAUUGACCGCUACUACCGCUAGAAUAUAAUACCUACCCAUUAAUCAGUUCAAACUACAAUGAAAUAGUAGUUUGUUUUUCAUCUCCAUCAAUUUUAUGAAACAUUUUUGAAUCUUCUUAUGCCAAAAUAUACAUAUUCAUUACUUUCAAUCGCAAGAACAAUUCAAAAUUAUUUCCAUAACUGCAUAAUAUGAAGUAGAACAGUAUUUCCUGUGGUACCCGGAUUCGCCGCAUCUGAGAACAUUUACUAAUAAUAUCAAUUUUAUCUCAUGUCUCAAGGAACUAUUGAAAUCGAACACACAAUUGUAAGAAAUCUAUUAAAACUCAAAAGUGUUCAUGUUAAUUCAAUAAUCCUGACGACGAAAUAUCGAAAUAACUUAUAUCUUGAGAUAAUUAUGGGUCGGAAAAUUUGUAGUCAAACGUAUUGGCAUAAUAUGACACUAUAUUUGUAUUGAUAAGCUUAUGUAAUUUCGAAAAAUAACGAAAUGAGGAGGGAAUGAUACUCUGAAUGGAAGAUAAUUGUUUUAUGACAGUUUCAAUGUGAUCUUUUUGGAUCUGAUUAAUAUAUUGAGAAAUAAUACCUGAAAGGUCUGUACAAAAUGAUACAACAGACUCCUGAGACCAAAGUGAGAUGAUUCUGAUGAUGAACCAAAUUUACGUCUAUACCAAAACACUCCGUUUAGCUGCUACAGGGCGUAGGAAUUGAAUUUUUAUUAUUUAAUUAAACGCAACACCCUGUCGUUUGAGUAAGAACCUACAAUAAUUGAGUAAUUCUAAAGAGUAUUCAGGUAUGCAUCAAAUAAAUUUUGGUCAUUUAACUUGCAAACCAAUAUCAUAAACUGUCAUGAGGGCUGAAAGUAUUGAAUGAGAUUGAAACCUGUCCAGUUGCGAUGUCAUGAAAAAUUUCAUCAAAUUUUCAACCAACAGUAUUCCAAAUAAGUAACAUUCUGUAUGUCAAUCAAAAUGGUAUGGAAUGUUUUUCAUGCAAAAUAGUAAUUUUAGUGUGCCUUCUAAAUUUCAGAACGAUAUCUAUAGACAAUAUUGAAAUAUACGAAAAUAUAAAAUAUAUAAAUUCAAUUCCAACGCCCUGUGGCGCCUAAACGGGUUUUGAUAUAGAGAUAAGUUUGGUUUGAUAAUCUCACUUUGGUCUCAGGAGUCUGGUAUAAUUUAGUACAGACUUUUCAGGGUCACCCUGUGUGUGUAUAGAUGACGUCAAAAACUGCCUAUCGGUAUGUACUACUGAAAACUUGUGUUCAAUUCGUUCAUAAUUAAUUACGUUAUUUAAUAUUAAUACCAUUAAGACUGCUACUUUUAAUUCAUUAAGGUUAAAAUAAAAUUUUAGAAGGUAAUAAAUGAAGAUGACUUGUACGUUUCUUCUAUUUGUUGAUAUAUUCUAAACUCAACUGACGGAUAUGUGAAACCGAAUGUACAAAAUAUUUCUCUAUAGACAUGAUCCAUAAUUUUUUAAGUUCUUGCAUAAACGUUACUAAAUAUAGAGUGUACAUUUCAGUAUUCAACUAGGUUUUUCAUCAGUAAAUAAUUUCAUAUCUUUUUGCAGCAGUAACACAUUCGCGCUGAAUAGUCCUAAACCUGAAGGUAAAAGAAUUGGGCUACUAAAAUAAUUGUUAAAUGUGAGAAUAGUUUUUAUUUUUUGUUGAAAAUAUUUACCCGAUAUUAUUAAUAUAGUUAUUGAUUUAAAUGUACAUAUUUUUUUAAUAAGUAUACUAUUUUUUGCUGAGUAUUUUUAUAUUUCAUACAUAAUUCGCUAACAUGCAAUACAAAAUUGAACUUUCAAACAACGCACGAUUAUAGAACUAAUUAAUAUUUACCACUUGAUUGAAAUUCGUUAUUUAAUUUCAUUUCAGUAUUCUUUUUCUCAUAAAUGUAGUAUGAAAUGCUAUUUCACAUAUCCCAUUUUUUCAUAUACAUAUAUUGUAUUGAUGUACAAAUUUGUGUAAAAUUUGUGAUUGAUAGUAGUUGAUUGAGAUGAUGAUAUGGCGUGUCUAUCCUUUGAAGAAAUAUUCUACAAUUUAAGGCCGGGACACACAUAUCCGCGCCGAGUCCGCACCGCAUGACGGCCGUGUGUUGGACGACACACGGCGAGAAAAUAAAAUGAUGCAAUCUUACCAGAAAGUCCACACUUGUCCGCACCGUCAUCCUUCCGAUACCUCCGCAUCGUGUACGCGCCGUGUCCAACUAGUUCUGUUUAAUUUAACACGGAUGCGCUGCGGGCUCACAGAUGUUUAUAACAUGGAAUCGGAAAAGCUAAUAGAGGAAAUUUGGAAGUUUUCAGUGUUGAACGACCAAACAAAUGAAAAAUAAAGUCAAUUACACAGAACGUGUGUUGAAGAUAAUUUCGAUUUCGUCUCCAAUUGAAGACCUCGGUGCAAUAACAGGGCAACGGGCAACUCCAAUUUUUUAAAAUGUUGGGGAAUGGAAAAAAAACUCAUAUUUUUGAGAAACUUGAAAAACAUUAUGCUUAAUGGUAUGAAUCCUUUAGAGUUACGUUCGAAAAGCUGUAUUUACGUCGAUACUAUUUUCAUUCACAUUGUAGAAGCUAAAAAAGAAGUUUGCCUGUUUCUUGCCCCAAAAAGACAACAUUCUGAAAAUAUAGUCAAACUCGUGUAAUAAUUUUCCUCCUUUAUUGAAAAUGAAAUAUAUAACGAGAAAUAUUGUGAACAAAUAUUAUUUUGAACAUAGGAUGAAUCGCUGACGUUUCAUGCGUCUUGAUCUUCGUUAACAUUGCCAGAAUUUGGGCCCUCGUCGUCAACAGUUAUGAUUUUGGAACAUAUAUUCACUCCCCGAAUCUCGAAAGGGCUCACUUUCACUUUCCUAACUCCUGGAGUUGCCCGACUCUUGCACCUCAAUUGCUCAUGAGGUGAAUCCUUUACCGUGUUAACUCAAUAGAAGAUUGUUGGAUUCGCUUGAUUCUUGCACCAAAAGAUGCGCAAGAAAAAAUUCUAUAUGUUAAAAACAAUAACCCAAUUUCGGCAUAAAAUGGAGUUGCCCGGUUCUUGCACCGAGGUCCUCAAUUAGUAUCUUCUUCCUCUAAUGCGAGUGCUACCAUCGCUAACCCACUGCUACUGAUUUUUUUCAACAUCUUCAAGAAGGGCAAACUGAAAACUGAAAUGCAACUGCAUGCAGGCCGGCCGACACACGGAAAUGUGUGGCCUCCCACCUCCAUCACCGACUGUCGGCCGACUCGCGGAUUAGGCUCGGUGCGGAUGCGGUGCGGACUCGGCGCGGAUAUGUGUGUCCCGGCCUUUACUCCAUCAACUUUUUAUAAAUACAGUCACUUGACAAAAAUACAUCAACUUUUUAUAAAUACAGUCACUUGACAAAAAUACAUCAAUUGGUAUAAUGGAAUAAUGUGUAAUACAAUUCAGUUUUCGACAAGCUCGUGUAUCAUACCAAUCAGGUACCUACUGUCAAAAAUGUUGAUUAAUACAAAGAUGCAUAGCUUCACUAGAUGUUGAAAGGAAAUAUCAUCAUUUUGAAGCGUGACUUGAAUAAUCUGUUGUCAGUUUCAACUAUAUGGAAUUUCCCUCAAUUUUAUUCAGAAUAAUUAUGCAGUCAAAGGACAGCCUCGUUAUAACAGACCAGUUGAGCCGACUUGCAAUUUUAAAUUUCUUGUGUCUUUCGAAAGUAGGAUUUUUGCAACAGGAACAAACUUGAAACCAUAAUGUGCCUACCUUUUUAGUAAAAUAACGUGAUUCAUUUCAGUAUAUGUUCUGAGGGGCACAUGUUUUUUAAAAUUGUUGAAUUUUCAAUAUUUUUCAUUUUCAAAACGCCGUAUCAUGAUCUUGAUGAAAUACGUUGUCGAUUUUUCGUCACAUCAACUAUUUUGUAAUCUGCAUCUUUAAUUUGGGAAACAUUUUUUCAUUUCAGUAUAUGUUCUGAGGGGCACAUGUUUUUUAAAAUUGUUGAAUUUUCAAUAUUUUUCAUUUUCAAAACGCCGUAUCAUGAUCUUGAUGAAAUACGUUGUCGAUUUUUCGUCACAUCAACUAUUUUGUAAUCUGCAUCUUUAAUUUGGGAAAUGAUAUAAUAGCAGGAUCCGUUAUUGUAGCUAAAAAGGAAAAAACUCGAAUCAAAUAUUAAUUUGUAAUAGAGUAAUGUUUUCUUAAUCUUGACGUGUCAAAAAAUUAUCUUUGUUUCUGUUAUGUAUGACAUAUGUGACAUCUGAGAUGUGAAAGCUCACAUUCUCUUUGAAUGUGGAUAGGUACCCAUAAAGUAGGUAUCAUUUGAUGGUAAACAUAAUAAUCGGCAAUGCUUCAACUAUACUGGCUGAAUACGGAAAACCUGUCAAACCAUCAUUAUCAAUAUCAAAAUACGUGCAAGGGCCAGUUGUAUAAAGCAUUUGAUAGACCAUUGAAAAUAUUUAAUUUGUUUAUAUUCAUGCCAACCUAUGCCUUAGUUGAUGAGUUUGAUUCCUCGUUAAGUUAACAGAGAGGUUUAUACAACUGGCACCAAGACUCGCAAUAUAUAACUGGGGCAAUUUUUGUGAAUGGCUAGUAUUAUAGGUGGGAUCCUCUUAUCCUUCUGUUGUCUCUCUUUUCUCUGAAUUUUGAAUUCUCACGUUUACCAUAUGCCCGACGAUUUACUAAUAGGAUACUAAUAAGUCUCAACGAAGUUUGAAAUGACACAUAUGUCUCAAAAUGGCGCUUUGUGGAGGUUUUCCCAGUUCAUCAAUAAUAGUAUUGAUUUGUUUUUAUUGUAUUCAAGCUCACGUUUAUUAUUCUUCUAAUGUAAAUUCUAUUUGUGAUAGAUUUAUUAAUGUUGAAAUGACAAAAUGUAUGUUUCUUAAGUAUAUGUCAUUUGUAUCUAAGAUAUUACAAAUAUAUACGAACUGAAAGAUGAA